UCCGUGUGUUAACCCGAGCCGAGCCAAGGUUAAUGAAGUGCUCUCGCCUGCUGCGGGAAAACACACACCUGGGCUUUCCCCUCCUCGCAAACGGCAGGUAUAGAGAAAGCCAAAUAGACUGCAGGGGAAGCGGUACUGAAAACCAGACUGAGUUGGGAAUUGUCAAGGACAAAGGCUCCAGAUGUGUCUGAAAUAGAGAAGCUGAAGGAUGCCUUUGGCAGGGUGGUUUUUUACUUGGAAGAGAAAGGCAUGGGCAAAGCGCCUUUUCAGCAAGCGGUUCCCGAGGCGGUGAAAGAAGUGGAAAAAGAAGUAGCACAACUCAAAGCGGCACCACCUUGCAUUCCACCAUGUGGCUACCAGAAAGAAGCCCACUACUACAAAUGUUCCUCUUGUUCCAUCAUGGAUUGCCAGCUACCCAUCGAUUGCCCAAUUCAGGAUAUACACAAAUUGGAAGGCGACGCAACUUUUUUGAACUGCGAAGUUGCCUUCCAGACUUCUCCAGACAGGACUUUCCGGUGGAAAUUUGUCAAAGAUCUCAGGACGGAGGAACUCUUCCUCUUCCAAGACCUUAAUUUUGGAGUCAACCCUUCCCUCCUCAUUCGACCCACCCUUGGAUCUCACCACGGGACCUUUGCCUGCGAACUUGAAGAGGAGAGUGACGUGGUGAUCAGGAAGUAUUUUUAUGUCAAUGUGACCGAAAAGAGGCUCGGAAAAGAGAAAAAGCUGCAAGAAAUGUUUAAGGCCAUCCUGAAUUCCCCACCGGAGUUGGUACAGGAAGCCGUGGUGGUGAACAAGUUACCGUCUCUUCAAGAUCUCCUGUCCCAGCCUGAUUACCUCAGGAAAAGGGGUGUCAUUGGGCUUAUCCUUGGAAUAACUGGGGUAUCCCUGCUGGUUACUUUAGCCGUUCUGUCGCUGUAUCGCUGGGCGACGAACUUCGAGCCGUGAGCUGGGAAAAACGACUUUUUCCAGCGUAUGUGCCCCCCCCCCCCCCCGCCCUCUUCACGAUGGAGCGGCCGCCACGGGCGCAGACCCCCCAUUGCAAACGGCAAAGCUCGCCUUAAACGCCGGGCGAGGCGCGGGGUCUGGCCGGAUUUUAGCGCCGCGACAUUCGGAAAUCUUCACGGCUUCGCAUCGCAGACGGGAUGGAGCUGCUGGGGGAAAAGAAAACGGAGGAUAGGAAGCCCGGAGGCGUUCGUUUUCUUUCAGGGCUUCUCUUCCCCUUCUUUCCUUUCUUUCCCUUUCUUUCUUUCCUUUCUCUUCUUUCCUUUCCUUUCUUCCUUCUUUCUUCCCUUCUUUCCUCCCCUUCCCU